UAAAUGGACAUUACGUACGCGGCCUGUGAUAUGAACAUAGAUUUGUUGUACAGUGAACAAUAGAUCUCUUGGACCAGACCACAAUGACGUGUGGUGGUUCUAACAAGUUUGUGUGGAGUUGAAAUGGUUAAAAGACCCCGGACCCUCCAUCAACAUAUGUCCGACGUGGAUAGAUUGAUACUGUGUUUAUCAGUCUUUGAUGAGAGAAUUCGACGCUAGUUAUCUUUUGAUACAAGGCUAUUUGACUGAUCCACCCUGUUUAUAAGAGGACAGUAUAUAUAUGCAGUGCUGACCACCUGUAUGUACCUGUAGUGAUUCAUGGAGGAAAUAUAAACUUAUGUUUCACACACCAUUAGUUCUUGAAAAGUCACAUAAGGAUUGAAACAUUGUAGAAACAACUGGGAUAAAUUGGUGAUGAGUCGACAGUGUUUUAGAACAAAUUUUAAUGUGUUUUGAUGUUCCCUGUCUAUCGGGUGGCCAGGCUCCAGUGCCCCCGACUUAACAUCAACACUUUGAUGAUAAACAUGCAACAACAGCUGGAGGGAAACGUGUUGCCAAGUUACACUUGAUGAUGAUUAUUUUUAACUGAGUAAUUUGUCUGCUUACCUGUGUUUGUGUAAUGGUUGAUGGUAUCUAAAUGGGAAUAAUGUUUAUCACAUCAGGAAGCCGACUACAGGUAUAUAUAUAGAGAUGUGAUCGGGGUUGGGAUCUAACUUUACCAGGAGGUGAACUAUGAUGUGAUCGGCGUUGGGAUGGAGAAGAAUUUGUGUCCGAUAUCCAACUUUCAUACGGAGGUGGACUAGGAUGUGAUCUAGUGGUUAAAGAAUUGGGAUGUUUCGAUGUUCGUGUGUAUGAAAUCUAUUUUGGACCAGUUGGUGCCUCAGGAAACUCUAUAAAGGACAAUAACAUUAGACAGAACUGUAAACGUCACUGAGUAUAAACACCAGUCUUAUUUCAUAGACAGUCUCCUGGGUACCAGUCCAACAAUUGGGUCAUAAUGCCUUUAUAAAAGCUGUAUCAUUAAUGUCUGUUUAAAUAUCAUCAGAUAUAUGAACAUUUAAUCAAAUUGUUUGAUAAAUCUCGAAAUUUAAACCCAAACUGUAAAUUCUGAAGUUCAAGCCAAAAUCAUGAAAUAUUGCAUGUAUAAAUACAUGACAUACAUUUGGUUUGAGUAAGUUUGUGGUUACAUAAUUAUAUCUCCCAAAAGUGAAAACAAUGGGUGUUGUAUUUGGACAUUAUGAUGAUCAGACUAUUCAAGAACAAUGGAUUAUGUCUUUUUCUUUGUGGCGAUAUUUUCUACUUCAUAAGUAAUUCCCCAAGUACUUAAAAUCGGUCGGAGAUUUAAAUAUUGAACUAAUGUAUUUCACGUGACUAUAUACAAUGUAUUUUCUUUAACGUUGGGAAGAACAAGGUGAAAAAGAAGACAUUUUGCCUUUUGUGACUGGACAUUUUAUGUGUAUAAGACUUUAAAUUUAUGCAUACGACCAUACAGACAUAUACUCGUGUUCAUAGAUAAAUAAAUCAUUAUAGCUUUCUCUCCUGAAUAGGGCAGAAAUGGUGAAUUAAUUGAUCUCUACUUUGAUGUCCUAGACAUUUGGGAUUUGAACUGGAAUAUAAUUACAAGGAGUCUUCGGGCAAUCAAAUCAACAGUGUUUAAUUUGGAGUCUUAUCACAGGUUGUUAUAGCGGUACUAUAAUUACAGAGAAUGAUGUUGCUGGAGAAUUACCGUUCUACAGUACUGGAAACGACAACGGAAUGAUUAUAUAAUAGGUUUGGUUUCCAAUAGGAAAGGGAUGAGAUUUCAGAUCAUGACGACAGACGCUAUGAUCCGGAUUAUACACAUGGACAGGAGAUUAAUCCUCCCGAUUAUAAAAGAUGAAUUAACAACCAUAACUGCAGUGUAAUCAGUGACUUUCCUGACGAUGCGUUGAUUCUCCGGACAUUCCUGCAGAUCUAGACAGUGCCUCUAUUUUACAGAAAUGUUGUGUCUUAAGAACAUAGUGCCCUGUUACACCCCGGGUAAACACUGUCGGGAACGUCGGGAAAAGUUAAACUUACAGGAUUACACAUUUGAUGGUCACAAGGAUGCCACGCUCGGCCGGACACCGGGACAGGUGAAUGGACAAAUGUUCGUCAUACAGAAUUGUGAGAACUGCAAUAUUUACAUAUACGACAACUUAUCGACAGUAACGAUAGACGACUGCGUAAACUGCACUAUAUUUAUGGGACCCAUUGCAGAAAGUGUUUUUAUACGAGACUGUAAGAAUCUGAAGCUUGGAAUUGUGUGCCAGCAGUUUCGUACACGAGACUGCAGUAAGAUUGAGACGUUCCUGUUCUGUACCUCCCAACCAAUCAUUGAAGACUCGUCAGGAAUGAAGUUCGGCUGUUUUACAUACUUCUAUCCGGAACUUGAGGAUCAGUUUAAGGCUGCGGGGAUGAGUUUAUUCAACAACAACUGGAGUAAGAUCCAUGACUUCUCACAAGAUCCCAGUGAAAACCAUUACAGUUAUAUCCCAGAGGAUGUUAAGAUAGAAGAUGUAUUACCCCUCUCUCUUGCCGAGCAGUUUUCUGCCAUGCAGAUCGACUUUUCUGUAGGUAAAAGUGUUGUACCGAGAACACUGGGCCUACGCCGCAAAGCAGCAGAUGAGUCCUGUUUGCUUGUGUUCUUCAAUGACGGCAGUGCGAUAGAUCGUGUCCGCAAAUACAUGCACAUCAUGAGCCAAAACCAGCCCUCGUGUGUGUUAGUACAGACCAAAGAAAUUGACAUGCAGCCACAGGACGCACAGCGGGUGUUUGGUACAGACGCUUACCAGUCUCUCGUACAACAGGGCGCUGUGAUUGGUCUGGAGUACAAUGGCGAGGAUUCUAUAAACCUGUGUCAGGUAGAACUAGUCGAGUUUAUGAAGGGUACCACAGGUCUUGUGUUCAUCAGCCAGUCCAGGGCACUCGCAGACAAACAAAUCGAGGACUUCUACAACUUUGCUGAAAUGCAGAUGACAAUGUGAUGAAUUUCUUGUUGCAGUCCUUAA